AUGCCUGGCACUAACGUGGAUAGUAGUACUACUGAAGAGCAUUUCGGUGGUCUUUCAAGCUGCAUGGUUGGAGGAACCUCCGAGGAUUGCUUUGAACGCCGCGCCUCCGCUGGACCAUUCCCCGACAUAACCGCCGAGAAAAGCGCGGCGGACGGCCGGAAGGGUCCGCAUGCGUUCGCUGAUCUCAUCGACGGCGUACACGGGCUCCACGUUUUGCGGAUUAACAGCCGAUUAGCUGCUCGUCCUUCCGUCGCCACCACCGCCGCUUCCGUUUCCCCGCCGGACCACUCCCGUCCGCCCCCCGAACCUCCCGCGACCUCGUCCCUUCCGGUGGCCAGGCCUGCCACGUCAGCGGCGGCUUCUGCGGCUUCGUGGAACUCGCAGGAGAACUCGUCUGCUGGGCACGCGUUUGGGCAGCAUUAUUUGUCGCUAGUGGAGAGUGACAAGGCUCGACACAG